AUGAAAACUGGUAAACUGGUCACUCUAUCGGUGCAAAACCUGGUCGACUGUCCAGUAUACCGUUUAUAUAACAUGAGCACCUGUGCGACCGGUAAUUACAUGCAUCACGCGUUUGAGUACGUGAUGGCCAACGGCAUCGACACCGACCAGAGCUACCCAUACAUCGACGGCGAUAACUACAAGUGUCUGUACGACAAGCGGACAGUUGGGGCCACAAUCAGCGGUUAUGUGAACAUCACAUCCGGCGAUGAGCUGGAGAUGCAGAGGGCUGUGGCCACUGUCGGACCCGUCACUGUCGGCAUCGACGCCACGACCGAUGGCUUUCGGUUUUAUAAGUCGGGCGUAUAUAAGGACACCAAACAUGAGUGCAAAGGCCAGUACUUCGAUGAGUUGCACCACGCGGUCACUGCCGUGGGUUAUGGCACGGAAAACGGGGUCCACUAUUGGCUGUUGAGAAACUCGUACACCACUAAAUAUGGUGAUCAGGGUUAUAUGAAGAUGGCCAGAAAUAAUAAUAAUCAAUGUGGUGUGGCUACCUAUGCUCUCUAUCCGACCGGGGUUAAUUAA